AUAAAAGUUGAAUAUGUGCAUGUUGUGUCUGGUGCAAUUUGGAUAGUGACAAAAAAUCAAAUUUUGGGUUUGUUUAAUAUUAGUACGGAGUGAUAAUAUAUAUACACACACAAGGCUGCUGGAUUGAUGGAUUUCAACUACCACCAGUUCCGGGGUAACCAGAACCCAGAUCCGGCGGAGGAGCACGACGGGGGCGGUGUCCGUGACGGUGCCGCCGGAGAUCCCAAGAACAGCGGUGGCGACGCUGCCGGGGAAAUCAGCCGGCGGCCCCGGGGCCGGCCGGCCGGAUCCAAGAACAAGCCGAAGCCGCCGAUCAUCAUCACCCGCGACAGCGCGAACUCGCUCCGGACCCACCUCAUGGAGGUCGCCGACGGGUGCGACGUCAUGGACAGCGUCGCCGCCUUCGCCAGGAUGCGGCAGCGCGGCGUCUGCGUGCUGAGCGGCAACGGGAUCGUCACGAACGUGACGCUCCGGCAGCCGGCUUCGCACGCGUCCGCCGCCGUCGUCACCCUGCACGGACGCUUCGAGAUCCUGUCCCUAUCGGGAUCUUUCCUGCCCCCUCCUGCCCCGCCUUCUGCCACGGGGCUGAGCAUAUACCUGGCAGGAGGACAGGGGCAGGUGGUCGGGGGCAGCGUGGUCGGGGCGCUUAUGGCGGCCGGACCGGUUGUCAUCAUGGCCGCGUCCUUCAGCAACGCGGCCUACGAGCGGCUCCCCUUGGAAGAGGACGAGCCGCAGUAUCAAGGCGGAGGAGGGUUGGGUUCUCCGGUAGCAGUUGCCGGAGGGCCGCCUCAACCGCCACAUCACCAGCGACUACUACCGGAUCCGUCCAUGAUCCACGGAGGCGUGCCGCCUAAUCUUCUCAACUCUGCGACUCAAAUCCCAAAUGAGGCGGCAGCGGCGGCGUACUGGGGGGGCGGAGGCGGCCGCCCGACAUUCUAGCUGGCUACGGCGGGGCCGGGGACAAGGGUAAUUCAGUAAAACCUGCAGCUCACUUGCUUCAUUCACAACCUGGCUAUUAUUACCUUAAUCUCACCCACCAUAAGUGUGUUAGCUAAGGUUAAGGUAAAAACACAUUUUGGGUUUGUUCACCUUACAUACUUCUAAAUGCAUUUCUUUCAUAUUUUUCAUGCAUGUUUCAAUGGGU